AUGGCGGCCGCGCUCCUCAGCGUCGUCGCACCCAACCGCGGGCGCCCAGCCGCGCGACUCCAACGCCGCGCCGCCUCCGCGUCCAACGCCGGAAGCGGCGUCCCGUCAUCAUCCUUCGAAGUCACCCCAGCGCACAUCGCGAAGGGGGAGGUCGCGAGGGAAUGGAUCGCUGACGUGUUCGAGAACGUGGACUACGAGCUCGCCCUGUCGUCGUCCGACGCGAUCGAGGCGAGCGGCGAGUACGUCAGGCGGGAGGACGAGGACGAGGAGCUGAGGUACGGCGAGUUCGACAUGGGAUUCUUCGUCGCCGUCGUCGAGGCGUGCGAACCGAUGCUGGCCGAGAUGGAGGGGAGGAUGCACCCGAGCGGCGCGCCGGGCGCCUUCGUGGACGUGGGAAGCGGACGCGGUCAGAUCCCCGUGCUGGCGGCCGCGCUCAGGCCGUGGUCGCGGUGCGCGGGACUGGAGUACGUGCCCGUGCUGCACGCCAUCGCCGAGCAGGCGCCGACUUGUCUCGAGAACUUAGCCGCGUCGGAAGCGGCUUUAUUUGACGAGUCUCGAGCCGCGGAGCGUUUGAACGCGAUGCCGUCGUUCGAUUCGCCCGCUCCGCUCUCGUUCACGCGCGGGGACAUGUACGACGCCGGUGCCUUGACCGACGCGACGCGGGGCGCGAGCAUGGUGUUCAUGUUCAGCACCAAGUUUGCGGUGGACGGCGACGGUCGCCUUGCGGUGUCACCAAACCUCAGACCCGCGCUAGCCUCUGGCGCGGUGGUUGUCACGGUGAACAACGAGCUCGCGACGGCGGACGGGUUCGAGCUCGUGGCGCGGAUGGACGGUCCGGACGGCGAGCGCUCUGGGGGGUCCACGGCGUACGUGUGGCGCGCCGUGUGA